CUUCUCAUCACCAUCUCACCAUCUACCAUGGCAACACCAUCCAAGCCCUCCGAAGACAUGGUCUUCUACGAUAUUGCUAUGCGCCCGCCAAUUGCUUCUACCUGCUGUGCAGUGAACCCCUGGAAGUCCCGAUUGGCGCUUAACUUUAAAAAUAUUGCUUAUUCUACCACAUGGGUUCCUCUUCCAGACAUUGCUCAAGUUCGUUCCGAUCUCGGUGUGGACGCCUGUCGCAAUUUUGGCGAUGGCACAAAAUUCUAUACACUUCCCAUUCUGGUUGAUCGCAAUACAAACACCAAAAUUGGAGACUCCUUCGACAUUGCCGUCUAUUUGCAAACCGAGUACCCCAAUUCAGGCUCUGGCAAUUUGUUUCCCCCUCAAAAACUCGAUUUUGUCUACAACCUCGAUGAUGCACUACUUGUGCCACUGUCAGAGCGGAAAGGGGACGAACAUGACGAGUAUUCCCGAUUCAAUACAAAUGUCGAUGCGGCAUUCACCGCUCAUCUUUCUCUUAUGGCAUACAACCUCCCCUUUGAACCAGCCACUGCUGAAGCUAGCAGGGCCGAAUUCAUUCGGCGCGCUGGCGUAAAAUCUUGGGACGAUUUCGAGGUUAAGGGGGAAAAAAGAGAGAAGAUAAAGGAGUCUUUCCAUCUCAUGCUGGGUGACCUUAGCAAGUUAUUUUUGAAGGACACCACUGGGCCUUUCAUAUUAGGUGAGCAAGCCAGUUAUGCUGAUCUAAUCGUUGGCGGGUGGCUACGCAUGAUGCGCGUCACUCUCCCAGAGGAUGAGUGGGAGGAGGCGAGAGGCUGGCAUGGAGGUAUCUUUGGACGUUUACAUGAUAGUCUGGAGAAGUAUGCGGAAGUUAAGUAGGAGAGUGUACCUGAUUGUUGGAGUUAUCUAGCUAUAGAUCAUGUGUUCCCUAGCCUGAUUGCUGUAUCUUUUAACCCUCGAAUCAAAAAUAAAAUACAAAACUUUUUUAGAGAUU